ACAAAGGUAGAACGGCUAAAUGAUACUAGGACCUUACAACGACUCGAUGCAUCACACACAUUUUAUCAUUUCUCUCCAACCCAAAUUUUCAAAACAAAAACUGGAGGGAAAAUCCAUUAAUUCACUUGUGCAACUACAUCAACAAGCACCCAAUCCUAAUUUGCGAUCCUCGAUUCCUAUUUGAAUUGGCACAAAUGGCUGAAAUCCUUAGCCCUAAUCGGAGGCAGAGAAUUCUAGUGGUAUCUCCGACUAGCCCCUUCUUCUUGGGCUCUAACGACGACAGACGGGAGCGGGCCCAGGCCCGAGAGGCUCGAGCCGCUGCUAUCCGCCGGAAGGUAGUCCAUGCUCCGCCUCCAAACCAGGUUGACUCUCCCUGUCUAUGCAAGGACCAGAUUCUGGAGUUGUUAGAUAAUUGUAUCAAACUCGCCAGCGAAAAUAAAAUUAAUCAAAAGAAUACCUGGGAGUUGAAAUUGAUUGAUCAUUUAGGUGAUAUUAUUAAGGUGGAAGAAGAAAAUAAUGUGGAGACCAAUUUCCAAAAGGCAAGUUGCACUCUCGAAGCUGGAGUUAAGAUAUAUUCAGCCAGGGUUGACUCACUGCAUUCAGAAGCAUACAAGGUUCUUGGUGGAAUUAAUAGAGCCGCUCAAGAAGAUGAGGAUACCAUGGUGAAGGAUGCCACUGUUCAAACUGGACAUGAGGAAGGCCACUCAAAGAAAGACAGGGAGAAAAAGUUGUCACCUUUGUCCACGCUGGAAUCGUCUUUCGAGGAACUUAAUAUGAAGAAAUUCGAUGUUGCAUUUGCAGUCGAUCCUCUCUAUCAUCAGACAUCUGCACAAUUUGAUGAAGGUGGAGCUAAGGGUCUUUUGCUGAAUAAUCUUGGAGUGUAUGCUGGAUGCCGGGUGCUCUUUGACUCACAAGAAGUACCAGGGAAGGACACAUCAUGUGCAAACCAACAUUAUGAGUCAGAUACAAUUGACCUAUCUUUCAUUAGAGAAUGUGUUGAACAGAUGGUACUGAACGUGCAAGUGAAGAAUGAAAUCUCACCAACUCUUAGGAUUAUCAUCAAUGAGUUUGAUGAAGAUAAUAGAAGGCCGUUAGACUUUGGUCCUAGCCAGAAAAUGAUAGAUGAAGUUGAAGCUCUGAAUAAUAGUGAAGUUGAGUUUGAUGGUGAUGCAUUUGAGGAUCAUGGGACCUCUGCUUUUGAUCACGAUGACCAGACCUCCACUUUUGUUCAUGAGGACCAGUCAAGCAUUCUUGAUGAGAAUAUCAGUGGUGUAGAUCCGACUUUUCCAAGUUAUGAGGAAACUGUACCAUUUUCUUCCCCCAACCCUGAUAUGGAUGACAGAAUCGAGAAAGUUGAUGAAUAUUUGUUUUUAAGUUUGGGAUUUUCUUCAAAACAAAAUGCUUGGGCAGGUCCUGAUCAUUGGAAGUAUAAAAAAGUUAAAGGUCCAGUGGCAGAAGAUGAUCCUGCUCGAGAAAAUGCAUCACCAGUAACAAACAAGAAAACAAGGAGUAAGAGACAAGUGGAGCCUGAUAUAGAUUUCACAAAGUCCUUAGAUGAGGAGUUACCAGAUAUAUGGCCUCCGAAAAAUCCGAAGUCAUUAUUGAUGCCUUCAAGUAGAGCACCAUGUAAUACAUUGCUGCCUGAAGAUUGCCAUUAUCAACCGGAGGAUCUUGUCAAACUGUUUCUUCUACCUAGUGUAAUGUGCCUUGGGAAGAGGAGAAGAAAGUCCUCAGCUCAAUCAAGACAAGAAAUUGAUGAUUGUGAACCAUUGCCAUCCUGGGGCAACGAAACAUUUAGUUGCCAAUUUGAUGAUGGAAAUGAUCAAAGUGAUGUGGAGGACUAUAACACUCUUGUCUCUCAGCCUCGCCAGAUACAAAAAAUUGAAGUUGAGUAUGACAAAACUUCUAAACAAGUUGAUGUUCAGAUUUUGAAAGAAACCAUAUGGUCUCAGAUACAAGAAUCUGCUCAAAUGGGCGUUGAGGAAGAGGCACAAUCGUUCAAGCACCUCUUGGCGAAAUUUCCUACCAACUGCCGAGCUUCUGCAACAGUCAAGGAUAUCUCACCUCAUCUGUGUUUCAUAUGCCUUCUACAUUUAGCUAAUGAGCAUGGUUUGAGCAUCCAUGGUUGCGGCAGCUUGGAUGAUCUUAUUAUAAAGCUUCCUUGAAACCUUAUGCAUGCAAAUAAUUACUGAAGAGUAAAGCAUCAGAAUCUCUCUGAUGCUUGUGUAUGGUAUUUGUGCAUCAAGUGGAAGUCACAACCCCAUGUACUAAAUCUGCCUCAUCUGUCGCGUUCACACUAAAUAAUGGCACCACAAGGCUGUCACUCUUUUGUGAAUUUGUCUUGAUCUGUCUGUCUAUCUGCAUGUUGAUUGGCAAACAACUGAUUGAUCA